CGUUCAAAGAUGGCAACUUCCCUGUUCGGUCAUGCCGCCGGGCGCUCAGCCUCCAAGAAUUUACUUGAAUUCCGAGCAGGAAAAAUGAGCUUGAAUGGCUCAACAGUUACUGCCGACAAAAGGAAAGGCCUAGUGUAUAUUCACCAGAGUGAAGACUCCCUCAUGCACUUCUGCUGGAAGGAUAGAAACACUUCAAAAGUCGAAGACGAUUUGAUCAUUUUCCCUGACGACAUUGAAUACAAACGUGUCAAGCAGUGCAACACUGGAAGGGUCUAUAUCCUCAAGUUUAAGUCCUCUUCCAGAAAGUUCUUUUUCUGGAUGCAAGAGCCCAAGACAGAUAAAGAUGAGGAGUUCUGCAAUAAGGUUAACAGCCUUCUUAACAACCCACCAACACCGGGAUCUGGAAGUAGUGCUGGGGGAACUGGUAUGCCUAGUGGACUUGCGUCAGCACUUGAAGAACAUUUAGGUGAUAGUCAGUUGCAAGGCCUACUAGGAAACAUGGACCAACAGCAGCUAUUACAGCUGUGGAGUGGUCUUGGUGGAAUGAGUGGCCUGACUGGGGCAAGUGCUACUCCACCUGCUGCAGCUUCACCCACUCCAUCCAGGGUACAGUCCUCUCCAGGACCAAGAAAUACAGCAUCAACCACUCCAUCUGAGACACCAACCCCUCGUCCUGCAACUGCUGCCCCCUCGGUCCCUCCACAGACCCCACCUGCAAGACAGGCAGUCCAGCUCAGUGAUUUACAGAAUAUAUUGUCAAAUAUUCAAGUUCCUGUGGAAAAUGAACAGACAUCUAGUGCUCAGAGAGGAGAAGUGAUUGAUCUGUCUCGUGUUCUGACACCAGAGGCUCUUGGCCCACUGCUUAGUAAUCCUGAGUUCCGUGAGAGGUUGACAYCCUUCCUUCCAUCUGGGGGAGAACUACCUCAGCUACCCAGUGAUGUGUCCUCUACUCUCUGGUCACCACAAUUCCAACAGGCUGUUGGAAUGUUCAGUUCUGCCUUGCAGUCUGGUCAACUUGGACCUUUGAUGAGUCAGUUUGGGUUUAACCAAGAAGUUGUUGAUGCUGCUGGAAAAGGGGACAUGGUUGAAUUUGUCAACGCCCUUCAGGCAUCAUCCAGAUCAGGUACUGCCGACAGUACAAGCACCACAGGAAAUGCCUCAAGACCACCAACCUCUGGAGAAGAGAAGCCUCCAGGGGGUGUUGACAAAAAGGUUGAUGAAGAUGAACACAUGAGUUUAGACUAAAUUGCUAAAACUGAUACUAAGAUAAAGUCCUUAGUCCUUCUUUAACAGUUUAAUGUAGUAGUCAAUAAAAACUUUUGUUGCCAAGUAUAAAAAUGCUUCAAGUUUUUGUAGCAAAUGAUAUGAAAAGAAGCAAUGCAAAUGCAAAAGAACAGAAUAUUUUGUUUUUCUUGACUUGACUUACACUUCCAUUGCUAGUGAGGACCAGACUUAACCAACUCAUACUGAGGUGGAUCCCACAAUGAAGCAAAAUAAUUAUUAAGCAAACACAUCCUUUAUUUUUACAUUCAUUUUAUAAAUAAAAAUACAUUUGCAACAGGUAUCCUAGACAUCAAGGCAUGUGCAUUGAGAGAGACUGCUUUUAGUUUUGACUCUGAUCAUCUACUGCAAUUGGGAUAAAAAAAAGACAAACCAUCUUUCGUAGUCUCUUAGGAUUUUUUCUUAAACAAAGAUUAUAUAAUACAGUAUCAAUGAUGAAUGGAUAAUGGCCAUUACGCUGUAAUGCUGUGGUUGUUUCUCUGCUUCACAAAUUCUCAGGCUCAUCGUGCGUCAAAUACAA